AGACAUUUCCAGCUACCUGGGUCACACUCUGGACUGAGGCACCAUGGAGAGAGCAGUGGUGCAAGUCAUCCUCUUUGGCCUGUUGCUGGCUUUUGCUGCCGCUCUGCCAAACAAGGACGACUGGGACAUAUACAGCUUUCACAUUAACUCUACUGUGGCCAGUCGUUAUGCCACCACUGUCAUCACAAGCCGUGUGGCCAAUCGUAUGAAUGAGUCAAAGGAAAUUGAAUUCCAUGUCCAGAUUCCUAAGAAUGCCUUCAUCAGUAAAUUCAAAAUGCUUAUUGAUGGUGAAGUGUAUGAUGGUGUUGUUAAAGCUAAGGAGCAAGCACAGCAGCAGUACACUGAAGCAGUGUCUCAUGGCCAAAGCGCUGGGAUUGUCAGCUCUGUAGGUAGAACGCUGGAGGAAUUUAAAACAUCUGUAAAUGUAGCUGCUCACAAAAAGGUGACUUUUGAGCUCACAUAUGAGGAACUGAUGAAACGCACACACGGCAAAUAUGAGCUGCAAAUCCAUGCCCGGCCCAUGCAGCCUGUCAAAGACUUCAAGGUCGAUGUGUAUAUUCACGAGAAGGCCGGCAUCAGUUUUGUCGAUGUGAAAGGAGGACUAAGCACCAAAGCCCUGGCUAAUGCCAUCACCAAAACCAAAGCAGAUGAACAGGCAUGGGUGCACUUCUAUCCAACUGUGGACCAACAGAAAGUUUGUGAUAGCUGUGGCGAGCAUGGUCUGAAUGGAGAUCUGAUUGUUGUUUAUGAUGUUAGCAGAGACUCUGGACUGGGAGAAAUCAAGACAUCAGACGGGUACUUCAUCCAUCACUUUGCUCCAGCUAGUCUUCCCCGAAUAUCAAAAAAUGUUGUCUUUGUUAUUGAUCGAAGUGGCUCAAUGCAAGGCACAAAAAUGGAACAGACCCGGAGAGCAUUAGUCCAUAUUUUAAAUGACCUGGCAGAAGAAGACUUCUUUGGUCUUAUCACUUUUGAUGACCAAAUAUUUCACUGGAAAAAAGAACUUGUUCAAGCCACCAGUGGAAAUCUGCAGAAGGCCAAAACAUUUGCUGAGACUAUUGAGGCCAGAGGAGCUACAGACAUUAAUACCGCAGUGCUGAAGGGAGCAGAAAUGCUGAAUGCACAUCCCAGAGAAGAUUCAGCAUCUAUCCUUAUUCUCCUCACAGAUGGAGACCCAACCUCAGGAGAGACAAAUAUUGAGAGCAUACAAUCAAAUGUAAGACGGGCCAUUGCAGGCAAAUUUCCUCUCUACUGCCUCGGUUUUGGGUUUGAUGUCAAUUUUAAUUUCCUUGAGAAAAUGUCGCUGCAAAACAACGGUGUGGGAAGACGAAUUUAUGAAGACUCUGAUGCUGAUUUACAGCUGACGGGUUUCUACGAAGAGGUGGCCACUCCUCUGUUGACGGAUGUGACAAUGAUCUAUUUGGGAGGAACCAACUUGACCCAGACUAAUUUCAGUCAGUAUUAUAAUGGCUCUGAAAUUGUUGUGGCUGGUCAGAUCACUGAUAACAACAUUGAAACCUUCAUUCCACAAGUUGUGGCAGUUUCAAGGAAUGGAAAGAUGACAUUUUCUAAGACAAAGACCUCCACGGUGACCCCUACUGGAACAGUGUCUGAAGGCCUCCUCCAGAGGGUUUGGGCUUACCUCACAGUCAAACAGUUUCUGGAGAAAGCGCUGCUGUUGUCUGGAGCAGAGAAAGAGAAAGUGAAGAAAGAGGCUUUGGAGUUGUCCCUAAAGUACAGCUUUGUGACCCCACAUACAUCCAUGGUGGUCACCAAGCCUCAGGGGGAGAACACAGACGUGCUUCACAAACCUAAGGAGGGGGAAAGAUCAUCACAAGAUCAGCAAUAUCAUAUUGGACAUGGACAAACAAUGAAGAUCCCCACACGUUCUGGUAGAAUUAAUAAAUAUGAUGAGUAA